CAUCUUUAUUUUGUGAAUGAUCUUCGCGUACGCUGCUACACAGACGCGGUCAAUUAAUUUAGUAAAACGUUUGUAGGGAAGGUAGUAGUUAUAGUGUAUUAAGUUGAACAUAAUGUCGGGCGGAAGCAGCAGCAACAGGAAUGAGUGCAGAAUAUACGUCGGAAACUUGCCACCAGACAUAAGGACAAAGGACAUUCAAGACCUCUUUUACAAAUUCGGCAAAGUUACUUUCGUCGAUUUGAAAAACAGGAAAGGACCUCCGUUUGCCUUUGUCGAAUUUGAGGAUCCAAGAGACGCCGACGACGCGGUCCGCGCCCGCGACGGGUACGACUACGACGGGUACCGGCUGCGCGUGGAGUUCCCGCGCGGCGGCGGCGGCGGGGGCGCGCGCGGGGGGCGCGGCGGCGGGGAGCGCUUCGGCGCGCGCAACAACACGCGCGGGCCGCCCGCGCGCCGCUCCGAGUACCGCGUGCUGGUCACGGGCCUGCCGCCCUCCGGCUCGUGGCAGGACCUCAAGGACCACAUGCGCGAGGCGGGCGACGUCUGCUUCGCCGACACCUUCAAGGACGGCACCGGCGUCGUCGAGUUCCUGCGCCACGAGGACAUGAAGUACGCCGUCAAGAAGCUCGACGACUCCAGGUUCCGGAGCCACGAGGGCGAAGUGUCGUACAUCCGCGUGAAGGAAGACUACGGCGGCGGCGGCGCAGACCGGUACAGCGGCGAUCGUGACAGGUCGCGGUCGUACUCCCCGCGGCGGCGCGGCUCGCCCACCUACUCGCCGGUGCGCCGCAGCUACAGCCGCAGUCGCUCCCGCUCGCGCUCGCACAACUACUAACCCGGGGCAGGUCAGUAUGCUUCCGUAACUGCGACCGCUCUUACGUGCGUCGGUACUGUUGGAAAACAUCUGGUCCCUUUUGGAAAGCCAGAAUUUAAAUGUCGAUUUUUAACCGAUAUGCGAUAGUCCGUUCAUUCUAAUUCACUUUAAUUUUUAAUGAAAACGAGAAGGAUCGAAUGGAGACGCCACUGAGGAUAUUGUCCAGGUAUUUUUAUCGGCUAGUGUACUUAUUGAUAUUCGCAUUAUAGCUACAUUCUGAAUACCUUUUCCCGUGGAUUUUGAUGGUGGAUGUUUUGCAAUGUUUGGAUGUGGGUUACUGAAGAUGAUGUCUUAUCGACAGCGGCGCGGCGGCGGCGGCGCGGCGGCGGCGGGCGCGGCCCUCUUAGUGCUUACAUAAACAAACUUAGCCUUAAGGACGUUUACUGUACGCGCGCUUCGCUCUGACGGCGACAGCACGCCAUUCAAAGCGACACACCGUACGUAACAUUUGUCUAUUGUGCCUAACUAUAAGAGUGCUAACCGUGGAGGCGACGUUUGUCGCUUUGAAUGGAGGCCUGUUGAAAGGUUUUUCAAAACGAAUGGCAAUUCGCCGACGGAACGAACGGUCACUGUACAAGUAGCAAGUAAAUGACCAUGCCCCUACCUGUAUAACUAAAAGUAUUUUCUUUUGUUUCAUCCACUGUGGAUUGGGCUCGUUGGAUGUGCUUGGCUGGAGGUGUGAGUCAGGAUGCAGUAGGAUCGCGCGGAGGAUAACGGAUCGUAUAUUAGGAUCGGAUCGCGAGGAACGGAUAGGACGCGCGCACUCAUCGCACAGGAAUCUCGGAUAUUUGGAUCGUACCGAAGGAUCUGCACGGCGACCGGAGGAUUUGCGGGUCUGCCGUGCUCGCGUGCUCGUUACACUUUCUCAGGGAUCUUUACGGUUCGGACUCUGGACCACCGGACUGGACUUCCGCGCUGGAUGCCAGGAUCACGGAUCUUUGGGUAUGAUUUUAAAAUUUUUGCAAAUAACUUAUGUUGAGUGCACGCUCGGUACAGAGUUUAAUGUUUGUUUGGAUAUCCUUAACUCACACUUUAUUUGCUUCUCGAUGUCUGCGUUUGCCUAGACUUAGGAAUCCACGGAUGUACGACGGAAACAGUUUCAGCUUUGCUCAUUAGUGUGUUUAGACCUAACAGUCAUAUAAAGCAUGCUUACUGAGCUUCAUCCUGUAAACAAUACAUAAGUUAGGCGUAGGCACGGUUUGCCAGGCGCGAGGCGAGUGACUGGCGAUGGAUGCCCGCACGAUAUUCACAAUUAUGUAUUAGAACUUGAUUGAGUGUGUCGGUGAGAGUAAAAGGUGUAUGUGACCGUUAUUA